AUGUCCAAGUCCGAUGUUGAGCAGAGCUCUGACUCGGAGGGCAACGAUGCAACCGCCGCGACAAAGCCGACACUAUGGCAGCGAUUCAAGGCGCAUAUGAAAAAAUGGUGGUGGGUAUACCUGAUCGCAUUUAUUGUGAUUGUCCUCGUGACCGUUCUCCCAAUCAUCUACGUCGGAAUCCCGCAUUUCGCCAAUAAAUACAUCAACGACUACGACUACGACUACACCGGCCUCGUAAUCUCAAACCCGCGCCCGACCGCAUUCCACGUGAAACAAAAAAAAUUAAUGAACAUGGGUGGAGGAUUCAGUGGGAGCGGACAUCUCUCGGCCUUCAACGCCAGCAUUCGCGUCCCGGACACCGACGAAGAAUUCGCCGUCUUCCCUGUACCACAAAUCGACUUUAAUGGCGGUGCGACUCUCGACAUUGACCAGGAUUUGGAUUUAUCCUGCGUCGACUGCUUGGCUGAUAUUGCCGUCAAGGCGGCUACCAACAAGAGUUUCGCGGUGUUGGCAACUGGGCAUCCGGAUCUGAAGCUCGGCGCCCUCCCCACGGCGCAUCUUAACAUCCACAAGACCCUCGAUAUGAAUGGGUAUAAUGUUACCGAAUUCGUUAAUGAGAACGGCGCAUUCAACGUAACCAGCCUAGACCUCCUCGACCCCCCAGUCAACGGCUAUAAUUUCAAUGCAACCAUCUCAGUCCGCAACCCAACCCCUUUCAGCGUCGAAAUGGGCCACGUCACAUUCAACCUCACGAUGGGAGGCGACGAGCUAGGCUACGUCGACCUACCGAACCUCAAACUCGAAGAGAAUAUCAGCGACAACAUUGUCCUUGGCAAUGUUGACAAAUCGAAACUCAUCCAGGAGGCCUUGUUGGGCGAUGGUACCGGUGCAACAGUGACGAUCGGUGUCCGUGGACACAGCUGCGAUUAUAAUGGGCAGGAUAUCCCCUAUUUCAGCGCUGCGAUCCGGGCGGUUUCGGCGAACGCUACGAUUGAUUUGCUCAAUUAUGCGUCGAGUUUGCUCGGGUAG